GAAGCCAGACGAGAAUGGGCUUGGUGACUCGGGCUUGUCGGAAAUAUAUUUUGAUUUGAUUCCGGUUUACCCCGCUCGUCACGUGUGGCGAUCGACAGACCUGCCUAUCUGAGCGCUACACUUGGAUUUUUGCCUGCGUUGACCCAAUUUAGUAUUGGAUGACAGUAUACAAGGAGGCUGACAUGCCUGGAUCAAAUACAGCGUACCUACUCCAUCUCUUCUUCCCUUACCCUACACCACGAAAACUCCCUCUUUGCUUUCCCUUCCCUUUCUCAAUUCGCUAUGAUACUCGAUCGUUCGCAUGCUAUCCUACAUCACAGCGUGCUAGGAACUACUUUCAAAGGCAUCGAUCAUCCAAUAUCCACCCCGGAUGUACCCAUACACCAAUUCCGCGGAAUCAAAUACGCCACUGUACCAGCCCGUUUCCGUCAAUCGAAACUUGUCACUUCAUACCCCCACUUAGUUGAUGCAACCCGCCAUGGUCCAAUAUGCCCACAGCCUGACCGAAAAAGUCUCGAAGAAGAGCUCAUUGGUCUUGCCGACUGUGAUAUCCCAAGACAAGUCUUUAAACAAGACGAGUUUGAGUGUCUCAAUUUGAACAUCACCUGUCCUGCUGGUCAUGACCGUGAGUCACAAAUACCGGUUAUGGUUUGGAUCCAUGGCGGAAGUAACCGUGGCUGUGGCUCAAGUUGGAUCUACGAUGGCGGCGCUCUUGUUAGAAAGAGCGUUUGUAUUGGUUUACCGGUCAUAAUGGUCACAAUCAACUUUCGCAUAGGAGUAUUUGGUGUUGCCGCCAACAUGCAGUUGGUAGAAGAUAACCGAACAGCAGGCGACGAAGGUGUGGGCAACUAUGGCUUGCGUGACCAACGUCAUGCUCUGGAAUGGGUGAACCGUUUCAUCGCAGAUUUUGGAGGAGACCCAUCCAAUGUCACCCUAUUCGGACAUUCUUCGGGAGCAGCAGAUAUCGUCGCCCACCUGUACUCCAAUGCCAACUUGACUUGCCCCCUGUUUGCUCGGGCAAUUGUUCAAAGCGCAAUCAUCGACCACAAUCCUCCAGAACCACAUUCAGCUGGAUGGCAAAUGUCUAGAGCAUUGGCUCCACUCCAUGCCUCUUCCGUCGCACAACUCCGUGCUAUAAGUCCUGAGGCACUCAUCAACGUCAAUCUCCCCUUCCGCGCGGUCGACGACGGGGUAUUCUUCAGAAAAGGUUUCAAAGAUUUCCUGUUCCCACACUCAGGGUCGGAAGAACAUACCAAAGGUCAUCUUGACAAGGGUUUGAAUCCGCUGCGGUUUGCCAUUCGCAAGGCAAAAAGCCCGCAUCCAAUGAGCGGCCGUCAGCCCGUCGUCCCCCCUACAUCCAUCCCUGGUCUCCAGCCUCUCCUUAUCGGUGACUGCGCAUGCGACUCUUCUCUUUGGUCUCAGCCUGCGCGUCACUGGGUCGCCCCUGCUGUCGUGCGACGAAUUCGUGCGAUAUGCCAGUCUAUCACAAAAUCCUCUGCUCUUCUCAAUGCUUAUGAGAUAGGCUCGCACAUUUUCACAGAAGAUCUUACCGAACAUUUGCUUGAGAUCGUGGAGGAUGCACGCAUAGCGUGGCCUACGGAAUGUGUUGCUCAAGCUGCGCAGAAGACUGGUCGACAGGUCUGGAGGUAUAUAUUUGAUCAGGAGGGUCCUACACAAGGGAUGCCCCACCAUGCAGCAGAUUUAGUAUACUUAUUUGACAACGUCCCGCUCCCAUUAUCACCUUCGUCCUCACCUACUGCUUUCGACGAUGACGAGUCGCUUCCAUCACUCCCAUCGUCAAGAUCGACUGCUGCUGACAUGGGCGAGAUUCUCGAUAAAACGUGCACCAUGGACAAGCUUGAUUUCAUGGAUAUCGACAAGCUCUCUUUCGGCUCAGAGUCGAGUUUCGGCGGGUGGGCGCAACCCGUUGUUGACGAGUUGAUGUAUGCCCGCGUGCGAGAUGCGAUGCAAGAACGGUGGAUCACAUUCGCGCACGGAGAGCGGCCAUGGGACAAUUCUCAUGGCAAGGUGUACGUUUUUGGCCCUGAGGGCGAAACGGGCGAGCGAAGUUCGAGUAUUUUUGGGGGCAGGCGGCGCCAAAAAAUAUGGGAGGAGGUGCUGAAGCCUUUAGGCAUGACGCUUGUGCAAAAGGUCGCACAAGAGCUUAGCAAUGGGCCUGGGCUACCGCGGUAAUUGUCGUGAGUUCAGCGCACUGUGAUGGGCCUCAAAAGCGCAUGUCGCACAGUAUUUGGAUUGCGGGGAUAAAUAGAUUACCUAUUGGGUUGGGGCCGUUUUGU